CUUCCUAACGGUGUGACGCAGAGCCAGGCGAUGUACCAGGAUCGCUUUGGGAAGCUGCAGGAACACCUACGGCAGCUCGCCCUGCUGUUUAGAAAGCUCCGGCUCCUGUAUGAACGCUGCGUGGAGAUGACCUCUGACCUGCAGGAGGGACCAUCAGAGCUUCUGCCGUUCGUGGGAGAGGAGCUGGUUUCUGUCAAAGUGGAGCCGUGCAGUCCUGCUGUCUACCAGGAGAGAAAAGAGGUCCUGGAGAAGGUGCGUCAGAAGAACCAGGAGAUGAAGGUUCUGAUGGAUCAGAUGAGGAACCUGCUGUGGGAUGUCAACGCCAUGCUGACGCUCAGGAAAUGAUAGUUUCACUCUUUUUAAAAGAUACAUUCCUCCACAGACUCUCUAAUCUUUAACUCUUUAAAAAACAGGUGAAAUAAGGGAAUUUUCGGGACCUUUCACUUUGGUACACCUCCUUUGUUUUGGCACUUCAUUACUGAAACUGACAUGUCACAGUUCACCUGUGUUUACUAUGUAUUAUAUUAAAGUUGUUGAGGGGGAAAGUUAUUUAGAUAGGAUAAGACUUAAAGGCUAACCCGGACCCUAUUUUCCUAUGUUUCCUAUAUUUUUUAACAUUGUCAGCGGCAAAAACAAGCACUUUCGGUUGACAUAAAUUGUCUCUGCACAGGUGCUCAUUGGGGUUACAUUGCAGCCUGUUUGGCUGCUGUGGCUGGAUUGGUCUCUCCCAAAACUGGACCAAUUUCAACAAUUGUUGUCUCCAUCAGUCACGUAGACAGAAAAACAUUCAGUGAUCCAGGUUGAAAAAUACCUACGUGUCUCUUUAAUUUAAGCUAAAAAAAACAAAAAAACAACCUGAUAGACUGACACCAAGAAUCGUUGUCUUUCUGUACAAAGCAGCCAACAACCCAAUUUAUGUUUGCCAAGUGCUCUACAACUGUUAUUUUGUCACUGUGUUUAUUCAAAUAUGUUAUGGACUCCUGUUUUUCUACCGUUUAAAUAAUGAGUUGAAACCUGUAUUGCCUCAGGUAAAAACAAAAAGUUUUCUUAAAAUGCCGCAUUCACGGUGUUUUGCCCUCGGGUGCUGACUCGACACCAGACAGACUUGAAUUCAUUGCAGGUAAUUCAUCCAGAAAGCACAGAAGCUGAUCUGACGACUGUGUUCACAAUACGAACAAUUGCCCUUAUUAUGCUCUGUCAGUUGUAGAAACACUAUGAGUUCAGAAUUCAAAUUAGCCCCUUGGCAGCUAUGUAUCUCAGGUGCUUUGUACAUAAGUGUGUGUGUGUGAGUGUGUGUGCGUGCACGUGUGCUUAAUGAGAUUAGCUUCCUGAGUGCGAGACAGCACACCUGUUUACCCUGAGGGUGUUGAGACUUGCUUGCUUGUGAAUUUAUUUUUGUAAACUGUGGGACAAAACGUAGGUCUACUGGGGUCAUUUCUGUUUUGUAUGAAAUAAACUCUUUUUUUUUUUAAACAAAA